AUAAAUAAUUUAACAACAAUUGAAUUUUCUACAUAAUUAAAAUCAUCAUAAAAAUGUCUGAUAAUUCAGCAAUUGUUGUAUCAACUGGUAAUCCAUAUAAAAUUGUCGACUGUAGUCGUGAAAAAAGAAAAGGAAUAACAGCAACAUCACUUGAAGAAUUAACAAAUGUUGCAAGAAAUAGACUUGCAUUUUCACCAGAUGCUGAAUUAACAAUUGUCCUCGAGCAAGAUGGUACUGAAGUUGAUGAUGAAGAAUAUUUUGCAACACUUGAAAGAAAUACAAGUUUAAUGGUUCUACAAGGUGAAGAAAAAUGGGCAAUACCCGGUAGUAAAACAACAUCACGUUAUAUUGUUGUUGAUAAUGUUGAUAAUGCUGGUCAUACUAUUGAUGAAGGUUCACGACGUUAUCGUAGUUCAAUUGAACCACUUGUAUCAACACUUCAUGGUGAUCCAUCAGGUAUAUCAUUACUAGGUGGUAAUGAUUUAGAAUUAUUGAGUGAUAUGAAUCCAGACAGUUUAUCAGACAUAAUACCGGACAGAUUAUUCCUGGAACAAUUAAAAGAAGCAUCUAGCAGAUUUCUAGCAGAGAAACGCCAAGCACAAGAAUCGAUGGCAUUACUACAGAUGUAUGCAACUGGCGGAGAGAUGGAAAUGGCGUAGGCCAAGUGGGGGGUGGGCGCCCUCACACUGGCAAAUAUGUGUCGUGUGAGACGUCGGUUCUUUUAUGGGGGUCGACAAUUGCAUCAAACUCUAAUUCUAUUCUGGAAUUGAGCCCACCUGACUGAUAUAUACAUAUAUAUUAAUUGACGAAUAUAAAUUUUAUAAUUUGAUAAUUAUAUUAUUUUUUUUUCUUCAUAUUUACAAUCACUAUGAAUUGAUUAUAUUAUUUAUUACUAUAUGAGAAAAUUAAGUAAUAAAUAAUUAUUAUAAAUACAUUUAAAAUAUAAAAAUAACAAGAAGCAACUAUCUGUGUCUUUUGAACAGUUUAAAAGAAAAAAAAUAAUAAUAUCCAACAACUGUUUCAAUUUGAAAUUGACUGAUGUGUUUAUAUGAAAUAUCACAUCAUAAUAAAGCUGAAGAAUAAAAAAUUCUGCAUACAUUUAAAGGAAAAUAUUAUAUAUUAUUCAGGAUAAAUAUUAUAUAGCCAAUUAGAUAGUUGACAUUUUUCAGUAAUUUUUAGAAUGAACAAAAAAACAUAUAUACAUAAAUAAAAAAAAAUUGUUUCUUCUUGAAUUUUUCGAAUUGUCACUGUGAUUAUUGAGUCACAGUGUGCACUCCACGGAAUUGUACUUUCAUGCUCAGUAAGAGAUAAUAAUUAUUAAGUCGAUUACCUGAUGAAAAAAAAAAAAACAAAAGGUUUAAUCGAAUAAGUAUUUCGAAACACUUAAAAUUGCAUACGUAAAUAUUGGAAAAAGGGUAAGAUAUUAAUAAAAAUCACUUAGUAAAUUUUGUUUUUAUAUAAGUUUAUCUAAUAACGCCGAAAUGAAAAUAAAAAAAAAUAAUACAUAAGUGAUUACUGAGCGAAUUGAUGGUGUGUUCUUUGUACGUAAGUUAUCAAAAAAACAAAACAAAAAAAAAAAGAGAAAAAAAUAUUAAUUAAAAACUAAAAAAAAAAAUACAAAACAAAGCCAUUUGAAAUAAAUAAAACAAACGUGCAAAUGAUUUAAAGACUGAAUUUAUAAUGAAAGAAGAAACAAACAAAAAAAAAUGAAUAAAAAAAAAAAACCAUCAUGUCAUUUUAAUCAUCACUUCACUGCACGCCAUCAUGAAAAAAAAAGAUAAUUAAAUAAUAGUAAAAUUAAAAUCACAAUCGUAGUAAAAUAAUUCUAAAUAAUAAUAGUAACAAACACGAAGAUAGCUGUCCUUUGAUACCAAAAAAUGUUGUGUAUUUAAAAUAAAUUAAAAUAUUCCCCGAAUAGUGCAAGUUAAUAAUUAAUAAUAUUGUAUAAUACACAACGAUAUAUUUAAAUAUAGUUUAGGGGCUUCUUGAAAAGACUGUAUGCUCGUAAACCUGCCCCUUUUCAUUUUGAAAUAUAAAAAUUUUAAUUGAUUGUUUAAUUAAUUAAUUAGUUGUAUUUUAUUUAUUUUCUACGUUAUAAAUUAUCCAGUCUAAAUGAGGUCCUAAUUUUACAAAUUAAUACAAGUCAAUAUCAAAUCACUCAAUAAAUUAUUUCCAAAGAAGCCCAUUUAUAAUAAAAAUAAAUAAUAUUUAUUAACAUUAAUGUAUAUUUAAUAAUAAAAUUAUAUAACUAUUCCUAAACUCGAAAUGAAUAAUAAUAAUUAGUAAAUUAUUAAUACAAAAAAGUUAUAGUUGUAAAAUAAAAUAACACGAUAAUUAAAAUUUAAAUAAUCAAAAAAGAAAUAGAUUAAUAAACCACGCAAUGACCAGUAGAAAUUGUAAAAUUCGAAAUUAUUUCAAUAGAAAAAUUCGAUAAUGUAAAACUUAAUAAACACAAAAAAAAUUAUAGAAAUUAAAUAACAGUUAGAUGAAAAAUAUUAACAAUGUUUUAAAUUACAAGUUGAUAAAAUUUAUAUAAUUAAAAAUAAUUAACUUGAUAAUUAAAUUAAUGUUAAACUUGUAUGACAAAGAAAAAAGUUUUAAAAUUAAUUUUUUUAAUUCAUAAAUUUUCAAUUGAAAGAAAAAAAUUUUAAUAUUGUCGUUAAUUUUGAUCUUGUGUAUAAAUUUUAAUUGAUGUUAAAAAAAUAUAAAGUUAAUUGGUCUAAGUUUUAUUAUGAAAUAUAAAUUUGAUGAUGUAUAAAUUAUUUUAUUUUUUUUUUAAUUAAAACACAACAGUUAUUAAAUAAAACAGCAGCUAAAUUUUUACUACGAUUAUUGCUGUUAGUCAAUAAAAAGUAAUAUCGAAUAAAAAACUGCCAUCACUGAUAAAGCCAUAAAAAAAAAAAAACAACAACAACAACAACAAAAUGCUCAAAAAAUUUA